AUGCUGCGUCAGGCACUUCACAGAUUUCGUCAAAAGUUGGUUCACAGAUAUACGCUGGAGACAGAUCAGACUGAGGAUGAUGGAUACAGAUACCUGAGCACCUGGAAUUUAGUGGCCCUGAAUGUGGGCCACACAGUGGGAGUAGGUGUAUUUAUCUUUGCUGGUGAGGUGGUCAGCAGUCAAGCAGGACCAUCCACUGUGAUUUGCCUUUUGGUGGCAGGCCUAACUUCAUUGUUGGCUGGGCUGUGCUAUUCAGAGUUUGGUGCCCGGAUUCCCCAUCCUGGCUCUGCAUAUCUCUACACCUAUGUCACUAUAGGUGAACUCUGGGCUUUCAUCACUGGCUGGAUCUUCAUCUUCUCCAUUGUUUCUCAUGCAGUCAUGUUUAUCUGGGCAUGGAUGUUAGUUUUUGACAACCUGCGUGGGAGCCGGUUAUCUGAGACCCUGCUUGAGAACAUCUCACCAUAUGUUUCCCAUGUCUUUUCAGAAUAUCUAGGCAUCUUUGUUCUGGGUCUUAUAUUCUUGCUCACAGAAUUGGAGAAUUUUUAUCUUCUUCGGUCUUCCCAGAUUUUCAAAUCAUUAACAGUGUUGAAACUUUUGGUUCUCGGUUUUGUCAUCAUUUCUGGCUUCAUAAAGGGGGAUCUGAACAACUGGAAGCUCACAGAAGAAGACUACUUAAAGGCUGGACUCAAUGUUACCUCUGACUUGGGCCCUCUGGGUUCUGGAGGAUUCAUGCCUUUUGGUUUCCAGGGGAUUCUCCGUGGAUCAGCUACCUGUUUCUGUGCAUUUAUAGGUUUUGAAUAUAUUAUUACCGAAGUCAACAAAGCCAAGAAUCCCCAUCGUUCCAUCCCCAUGGGCAUUGUGAUUUCACAGCUCAUCUGCAUUUUGGUGUAUUUUGGUGUCUCUGCCGCACUUACACUUAUGGUGCCUUACUACCAGCUUCAACCUGGGAGCAUCUUGCCUGAAGUGUUUCUUCAUAUUGGCUGGGCACCUGCCUACUACAUUGUGUCUUGUGGAUUUUUCUUUAUUCUUAUUUUACGCAUCUUUCACUUUACCUUACCCAUAUAUGAGAUAUUAUCCAUGAUGGCACAGGAUGGCCUCUUGUUCCCUGUCUUUGCCAGAAUCAUUGACAGCACAUACACCCGUGUCAUGACUGUUGUGAUCAUUUGCAUUUUUGCAGCAAUCAUGGCUUUCUUCUUUGGACUCACUGAUCUUGUAGAUCUCAGUUCAGUUGGGUCCUUGAUGCCUCACUCCCUUGUUGCUAUUUGUGUUCUCAUCAUCAGGUAUCAGCCUGAGAGGAGAAAUAGGGGAAAUGAAGAGCAGGUGCAGGAGGAGAAUGAACCUGCAGCAGAAAGGCUGACUCUACGGGGACUAUUUUUUCCAGGCAGCCCCACCCCCACUCCACUCUCUGGCUGGGUUGUCUAUGUUUGCUCCUCACUGCUUGUUCUGCUGCUGACUCUUCUCUGCCUGGUGCUGGCCCACUGGCCAGGUCUGCUUUCUGGAGACCCAGGUCCCAUCACAGUGGUCGUGCUGCUUCUGGUACUCAUCACUGGGCUCACUGGGGUCAUCUGGAGACAGCCACAGAGCUCCACUCCCCUUCCCUUUAAGGUCCCUGCUCUGCCUCUCCUCCCACUCCUGAGCAUCUUUGUGAAUGUUUACCUUAUGAUGCAGAUGAGAGCUGCCACCUGGGCCCAAGUUGGUGUCUGGAUGCUGAUUGGGUUUUCAAUCUACUUCGGCUAUGGGAUCCAGCAAAGCCUGGUUGCUCAACUCCACUGA